CGUGCGAGGAAAACAUACAUUAUUUUUUUUUAAUUUUAUAAAAUACCUACUUAAUAAGAAGAACUAAUAAGCAGAACUUUUGUAUUCAUCUAAAGUUACACAUUUGAAAGAAGUCUUGUUUAACGAUUCAGUUCAGUUUACUGCUCGAUCCUAUUGUACGGGUAUAGCUCAACACCAAAGGUGGAUCGCGUGUUAAAUGAGCCAACUCAGAGCUACGGAAUACGCCAGGCGCGGACGCAUAAUGCAGGCUGCCGAGAUCAAGCAAAAAGAAAAUGCUGCCAAGAUCCAGCAAAAAGGCACAAUAGAAUUUGCAUCCGAGAUAACUCACCAGGUUGUAACAUUGUUUCAGAAGGACGGUCAUCAAAUAGAUUCCAGAUUUGUGCGGGACAUCGCAAAUAUUGUAACUUGUGUCCAGAAGAGCAAGUCAGAGGUUUCCACUUCGGAGGAUACCAAUGAAAAACCAAACGUAGCCUGGCCGAGUCAUGGUCAGGAGCAACAGGCAAAAAACAAUAUUAUUGAGUCUUACGCGAACUUUCUCAGCAAAGCAAUCAAGCGAGUCUUCAAUAUUCAGAAAUCCAGCCCUGACGAUCCCCAUUUAAACAUUUUUGGCGGAACCCUUUAUCAUAUGCGCCAAACAUUGGCUCAUAUCAGCCACAUUCUGAUAGACAAAUCUGUUAAAGGGACUUUCACCGACGAGAACAUCGCCUUGCUUGGGAGUAUCUGCAUGUUCCUCAAGGACACUCAAGAAUCGCAACCGUUCUGUAUUGAGUCUGAGGAAGCCGAAGAGCUGGGAAAAACUCUUGAUUACGAAAUUUCAAUGGGCUUUGAAAUAUUAAGAAGGGUGCGCGAGCUUAUAACCGGUUGGAAUAGGUCCAAAGACGGAGCUUCGGGCACCGGAGAGUCGGGCCAGGGGACAGAAGGUCGAAACGGAGCUGGUCGUGGAGGCGACCACCAGGCGGAGGGGUCUAACACAGCCCAGAAAAGACGCAACCAGGAGGAUCAUCCACCUGUGAUCAAGUACCAGCGCGUGGACAACUCCUUUCCCCGCUUCAUAACGAAUGUGCCUGCCGAGGACCAGGUUCAUGCAAGCAAGUCAAUGGCAGGGCGGGAGCGCGAGAAUCAUCAGCAGGGCUCAAAACGGCUGUCAGUCUUCAAUCCGCCGGUAUACACGCAGCACCGUGUGCGCAAUGACGCUCCAUACAUAGCCAAUCCGUUCGACGCGUCUGACGACGAAGAGCCCUCCCAGCCGAGGGGCUUUGCCGGUGCCGCUGGUCCAUCAGCCAGGCCACCGCAGAUGCUCUAUUCGGACGCCGUGCGGCUGGGUCAGAAUGGCUUCGGCGAAGCCCGUGUGAAUGGCCACCCGGGGCGCCGGGCACCAACUCAGGUGGAGAGGAGCAUCCUGACCCACGAGAUGGAGCGCACAGAGCACGAACAAUAUCUGAACCUCAUCAAUACCGUGGCACACAGUGAUUCCGUGGCCAGUCGUUUCGCCAAGCCGAUUGUCCCGCCGCUAGAGCGCAUUAACACCCAACAGCCGAGCUGGAGCUCCAUGUUGCGGGGCAAGCAGCCUCGCCCAUUGCAGCAGCCGCAGCUGCGCGAGAACAGUGUGUCGGAGUACGCCAGAUUGAUCAACAGCGGGGCGGCCCAACAGGGCUCAGUACCGCCUGUACCGCAGCUAAUGCGCAUGGAUAGCUCUCCCGACAUUGCCGGCAGCCAUGCGUCCACCAUUUCUAGUAGCGACGGCAGCAACGAGAGUGGCAGCGAACACUCCAGUAGCAGCUCCAAUUCCUCAGUUACUGCCAUCGAUGACAACUCGCCUGAGAAGAAACACAAACACACCAAUCACAUUGGGUCUGCAAAAUCGCUUCGCACUAAAACCACCAGGCUCUCUGUGACCGAUGCCCUGCAUCGUCGCUUCGCCAGCUGCAUCUACCUCAAAGAUGACUUUGUGGAGCAAUUCAAAGCGAAGACGGCUCGCAUGCGAGAGGAAUCUGAGCACCGUCGGGAACUGGCAGUUGAGGAAGCAAAUCGCAGCACUGAGGAACGCCGUGCGUACGAGUAUAAACUGCGGGAGAACAUAUUCCAGUAUCGUAUCCCCCACAAGCCGAUUUUUGUCAUUGGAGCGCGGGACACACCGGUUGAGAGGAAGGAAACAAAGCUCAUCCCUCUUACUCCGGAUCACUUUAGGCGCUACGAUCAAUUGAUGUAUGGUGGUUCAGAGGAUGAGGUCCUGGUUGUCAAGUUCAACAUGCACAUUCACCGCCGUGAUAUACUCUCGCUCAAGGAUACGGAGUGGUUGAACGACGAGAUCAUCAACUUUUACAUGUGCUUGCUGACCGAUCGCUCAGCGAAGCCAGAACUGCCCAACGUGUAUGCUAUGAACACGUUCUUCGUGCCACGCCUACUGCAGGCCGGCCAUGCGGGCGUAAAGCGCUGGACCCGCAAAGUGGACAUAUUCUCCAAGGACGUGAUCCCAGUACCGGUGCACUGCAACGGCGUUCACUGGUGCAUGGCCAUCAUCCAUUUGCGCAACAAAACCAUCCGCUACUAUGAUUCUAUGGGCAAGCCGAACCAGGCCGUGCUGAACGCCUUAGAGGCCUAUCUCCGCGAGGAGUCGCUGGAUAAGCGUAAACAGCCGUUCGACACCAGCGGCUUUGUGAUCGAGAACGUACCGAAUGUGCCCCAACAGUUGAAUGGAAGCGAUUGCGGCGUCUUCAGCUGCAUGUUUGCUGAGUAUAUAUCGCGUGAUGUACCGAUCACCUUCUCGCAGGCGGAAAUGGAGUAUUUCCGCAGGAAGAUGGUACUCGAAAUAGUCGCCGGGGAGUUGUGGAACUAAUAUGAUCAUGUCGUUCUCCCAAAGCUGUGCCCCUUGCGCCUCACAGCCUCUAAUUCUAGUUUAGCACAGAGUGGAUAUUCAAGUUCUUAAUUUAUUUAUUAGAAAUCUAACAUAAACUUUCCAAGCAAGAAACCGCAUAGAUGCUUCGGUCGACCUGGCAGCAGCAUCAUGCGUAUAAACUUGUUCUCAUCCCAUUUACCUUUUCUAUACAAAAUACAAUCUCGAUCCUUUGUGGUUCGAUUGUACACACGAAUCCAUCAACAAACUACUACUAAAUGUAAAACAUAACGUUCUGAUGCAACAAGGAAGUAUAGGCAUCUGAAUGUAACAGAAACUAGUUUUUCAAUAAAGCGAUAUCAAGUAAAAAGAA